AUGUGCUCGAGCGUGCGAGCCUGGUGGUGGAGAGGGCUGCCACUUCUCGGCACGAUGAUGCUGUUAUCGUGGACGUCCUCGGCGGUGGAGGGCUGCCCGAGCAUGUGCACGUGCAAAUGGAAGAGCGGCAAAGAGUGGGUGGAGUGCGCGAACCGGGACCUGAAGGGACUGCCCCAGGGGGCCAGGGAGGAAACCCAGGUGUUGGAUCUGUCGAACAAUCAUCUGGUCAGCCUGCCGCCGGAGUGUUUCCACGCCCUCGGGCUGAUCAAUCUGCAACGACUGUACCUGAGCAGAUCGCACAUCAGUCGGAUCGCGGCCAGGGCGUUUGUCGGCCUGGUGGGGCUGGUGGAGCUGGAUCUCUCGGAGAAUCUGAUCGAGGAGGUGCCCAGCGAGACAUUCUCCUCCUACUCGAACCUAAUGAAGCUGCUGCUGAACGGCAACCCGAUACGGGAGAUCCGUCGCGGAGCGUUCCAGCAUCUGGCGCAUCUGACCAACCUGGAACUGAGCCAGUGCCAGCUGGACAGUAUCGAGCAGGGGGCGUUCGACGGCCUCCACCUGCUCGAGUGGCUGCGACUCGACGGCAAUCGGUUGAUCCGCGUGCCGGAUCUCACGCUGCCGCUCGGUGGCAGCCUUCGGGGCCUCACGCUGCACAACAACCCGUGGCUCUGCGACUGUCGCCUCCAGGCGACGCAGGCCUGGCUCAAGGAGUCCGCGCCGGCCGCACCCCAGGAAUCCGAGCCCGUCUGCGACGCUCCCCCGAAACUGCGCGGCAAACAGAUCAAGGCCGUCAACGAGCUCGCUUGCCUGCCGCAGAUCGAGCUGCAGGAACGGAUCGAGGCUUACGACGGGGACAACGUCACUCUCAAGUGUGACGUUUACGCCGUACCGGCUGCCAAGCUCACCUGGUGGUUCAACGGCGAACUCUGCGAACUCCAGAACGAGAACGACACGCUGUUGUCGUCCGCGUCCUCCGCCACCGUCUUUCCUCGGUACGUGUACAGGCAGCGCGGCGGGAUGAACAUGACGAGCAGCCUGCUGCUCUACUCCGUGGACAGUUCGAACGAGGGUACGUACACGUGCGUGGCGGAGAACGGUGCCGGCUCCGCCGAGGCGAACCUGUCCCUGCGAGUGCAGUUCCAGGAGAAGAUAACCGUGGAACCACCGAACGACCACUCGAGAUCCGGAUACGUGGUGGCCGUAGCUGCGGGCGCUCUGGUGGGCACCCUGUUUGCCCUCGGCUCCCUAAUCGGCAGCAUAGUGUUUUGUGUGCGUAAGCGUCGCCGCGACCGCAAGAGAAACUCGAAAGCCCUGGUGUCGCAGAACAAGUCCGUCAUGCCCAUCACCAAGGACACCACCACCAGCCUGCCGUGCAGGAAAGGCAACGGUAGCCUGAUCGGGCUCGAACACCAGCAGAUCGUGUCGUACACCGAGCGUGAGAUGAACCGUGCUGCAACGCUCGAGCGCAGGGAGCACCGUAGCCUAGAAGAGCCGUACUGCAGCCCGGUGUCCAAGUAUCUCACGGAGCCGGACCUGAUCAACGAGGUCCCGGAGACGACGGACGUUGGCUACGGUCAGCUGUACCGACAUCAACCCGGCGAGAGACAGAUCCUGGAAUACGACUCCGGAUACCCGCUGCAACCGGACCUGCGCCCGGCGAACAUCCCGCAGCUCAGCUACCUCGAUCAGGACGGCUACCCGUUGAACUUUGGCCUGCCGAAGAUCCCGUUCAGCGCGGCGAGCACGCUGCCGCGUCUCAGGCAGAGGAUGCCCGUGGAAGGCUCGGCGGUCGCACCUCCAGCCAGGUAUUCCCGGGAGGCCGAGUUUCUUGCCAGAUCGCCGGGAUACGACCCCGUGCUGCCUAGGACCGACACCAGGUACACUGCCGAGGGAUAUCCUUAUCCAGCUCAACAGCCGAUUCAACCGAUUCAACCGAUUCAACCGGUCGAGCAACAACCAUCGAUGCAGCAACAGCAGCAGCAACAACAACAGCAGCAGCAGCAGCAGCAACAGCAGCUGCCCGUUUCUCCCGUGUCACCGGUCGCCGUGUUCCCCGAGGUGCCGUUCAUUCCCUCGCCACCGGCCGCCUACAGAGGCGAGACCACGCCGCUCUCGCCCAGAUCGCUACGUCGCGCGGCCAAAGUGCCGGUUGAGCAGGAACAAAGGGAGCAGCGGGGACGUAAUGGAUUAAUCAGGUGCGAGGCUGUUCCCGGAUGUCCCGAAUCUACUAUACGGAUAAUAAUUUCUUUGCUCCUUGUUCGAGGAACAGCCAGCGUUGCUAAUCAAAUCACCGAGAAGCGAACAGAGCGAAUGUCUUCUACUACGUGGAAAGAAUCGAAGGAGAAUUCGCGAAAUUCCACGCUGGUGAUUGCUGGUAAUCGAGUCGAACUUGACGAGCAAACGAUUUUCGAACGAUUUUCGCGGAACGAUCGGUACGAGAAAUCGAGGCCCCGACCGCCGCAGAGAAUUUUCGGACGAUUCGGACCGAAUGGGACGGUGAAUCAUCGCAGCUCGGAGAGCAUCCUACCGGUGGAAUUUCCCCAGAACCGAAGGCCACGCGAACGGUGCGCAACUGUCGGCCAGAGGAAUCGAAUUUUCGGGGAGCUUACGGAAACGGGACGAAGCCCGAACAAGCCGGAAUUUUGA